UUCGCGGCACUUGCGAAAGUGCAUAUAUAAGCUCGACUUGGCACUCUCCGCUCAGUUUACAGAGAUACUUAUCUCGGGGACCAGUUCGUCGGAGGCGGUCAAAUGUAUUACUUGUUCCUCAUUCUGUGGGCCACUUCUGUGGCCUGCCAGGCCUCCGAGGAGAUCUACCAGCUGCUGGCCAAGAGCCAUGCCAACCAGAACCUCAUCGUCUCGCCAGUUUCCAUAGAGGUAAUCCUCAGCAUGGUCUACAUGGGUGCAGGAGGGUCGACGGCGCAGGAGCUGCAAAGUGCCCUGAGAUUGCCUUCCGGGGACAAGCAGGCGGUGGCCACCAAAUACGCGGAACUCCUCAACCAACUUCAGGGUCAGGAGAAGGAGCAGGGAGCCACACUGAAGCUGGCCAACCGCAUCUACGUGAACGAUCAGUACGGCCUGCAAGAGGAUUACAAUCUGGCUGUGCGGGAACCCUUCAAGGCCGAGGCGGAGUCCAUUAGUCUGGCAAAUGGCCCCCUGGCUGCUGGGCGAAUCAACCAGUGGGUGCUCAGCCAAACGGGUGGCAAGAUCAAGGACAUGAUCGAUCCCGGCAGCAUGACGUCCGAUGUCAAGGCCCUGCUGGUCAACGCCAUCUACUUCAAGGGCCAGUGGGAGUCCAAGUUUGAGCCAGAUAAAACGAGAUCCUCCACCUUCCAAGUGUCCGCCGACCAGAAUGUCACUGUCCCAAUGAUGAUGCAGAUGGGGACUUUCAGGGCCAACUACUUCCGAGACCUGGACGCACAAGUCAUCGAGCUGCCGUACCAGAACUCCAACCUGUCCAUGACCAUCUUCCUGCCCCGCGAUGUUGGAGGCCUGAGCGCGCUGGAGGAGAAGAUCUCUGGAUUCGCCCGGCCGCUGGAGGCCAAUGAGGUGUAUGUGAAGCUGCCCAGGUUCAAAAUCGAGUUUCGAGACGAACUUAAAGAGACCUUAGAGAAGCUGGGCAUCCGAGAGCUUUUCACCGACAACUCUGAUUUAGGUGGCUUGUUCGCCGAUAAGUCAGGCGGAAAAGUCAGCCAAGUCUCGCACAAGGCGUUCCUGGAGGUGAACGAGGAGGGGGCAGAGGCCGCGGCUGCCACAUCUGUUUCCGUCACGAAUCGAGCCGGCUUUUCUAUGUUCUUCGUCGCCGAUCAUCCCUUCGCCUUCGUCAUUCGCGAUCCGAACACCAUAUACUUCCAGGGCCAUGUUGUCAGUCCUUAAAUAAAUGGAAAAAACUAAAGUGCUGACUUGUAUUAUAAA